AUGAGAGUGCUAGUAUUUUUAUCAUUCGUUGUUCUCUUCUUCGUGUCGACAUGUUGGGCUCGCGAUAUGAUCGUAGGCACCAGCUUUAAUACACGACUCGUUUGGCAGCAGAAAGUUGAAUAUAGAUCUAUACCUUUUAAGAAGCGCGUAAAAGAAGUUUUUUACGCGGAUCCAGGUCAACAAAUAAUCAGGGGUAUAAUAGCCAGAGAUUUAGAUCAUACUGAAGCAAGCGCCACCAUAACAGCCGGUGGCGUGGGAUCCAGCUAUGCUAACAUUCGCAUGAAGAGUGAACGCGGUGGCAGUCUGAACUAUCAAGUUGAGAUUUACGUU